GCAUUCAGGAUUUGUUGUUUAGGCAGUGAGUCAGUCCCCACAAACCAUGAUAGGAUAGCUUGUAUCAUUUGAGUCAGCCUGCCCUCCUCUUCCUUUUUCCACCCAUGUUUGCCUCUGUCUUUACUUUCGGAAGAGGCCCGAGGGUCUGUUUUUGAGGAGUGGAUGUAAUUCUGUGGGUCAUCUCUGACAGCAACCCUUUGGAGCAGGCGUUCUCGUUAAGCGCGUUUCUCCCCCGCUUGUGUAGACCCUUCUUAUUCCCAGCCAUGGGAUCCCAGCAGCAACCUUAUGCUGAUACAGCUCCGAUUUUGACUCAGGCGGAUGAUACUGAAGGUGAAGAAAAAGAUGGUCUUCAGCCAGGGCAUAUAAAGGAAGAAGAUGUACAGACCCUGACAGGGAUAUCCCCUCAACACGCACGCCUUAUUGUGGGUGUACUCUUUUUUAUUAAUCUACUGAACUACAUGGAUCGCUUUACUGUGGCUGGUGUUCUUCCUGACAUUGAGAAGUUUUUUGAGAUUGAUGAUAGCAAAUCAGGUCUGCUACAGACAGUUUUUAUUAUCAGCUACAUGAUAUUGGCACCAAUUUUUGGUUACCUGGGUGAUCGUUGGAAUCGCAAAUACCUGAUGUGUAUAGGAAUCUUCUUCUGGUCUCUUGUGACUCUAGGGAGCAGCUACACCCCCAAGCAGUUCUUCUGGAUGUUGCUACUUACACGAGGCCUAGUGGGUGUGGGAGAGGCUAGCUAUUCAACUAUUGCCCCCACCAUUAUUGCUGAUCUGUACUUGGGUGACCGGAGAUCCCGCAUGCUUAGCAUCUUCUACUUUGCUAUACCUGUAGGCAGUGGACUGGGCUAUAUUGUGGGAUCAAAGGUGAAAGAUGUGGCUGAUGAUUGGCACUGGGCCUUGCGGGUGACUCCAGGUUUGGGGGCAAUAGCUUUGCUAUUAUUGAUAACAGUGGUGCGUGAGCCACCUCGAGGAGCUGUGGAGACCCAUACCGAUGCCCCACUUCAAUACACUUCAUGGGCAGCUGAUGUGUGGGCCUUGAGCCACAACCGUAGCUUUGUGCUGUCAUCACUAGGAUUCACAGCUGUGGCGUUUGUAACAGGCUCCCUAGCAUUGUGGGCACCUGCAUUCCUGUACCGCUCACGGCUGGCCACCGGAAGCCUCCCGCCUUGCCCUAGAGGUGAUGUUUGCCAUGGAGACUAUGACAGCCUCAUCUUUGGUGUAAUCACGUGCGUGACUGGUGUCCUGGGCGUCAGUGCUGGGGUGGAGAUCUCAAGACGCUGGCAUCGCAUCAACCCCCGUUCUGACCCCUUGGUGUGUGCCAUUGGAUUGCUUGGCUCUGCCCCCUUCCUGUUCCUGGCUGUCGUCUUUGCUCAGCACAGCAUCAUUGCUACUUACGUAUUUAUUUUUAUUGGUGAGAUCCUCCUUUCCCUCAACUGGGCUAUAGUGGCAGACAUCCUUCUGUAUGUUGUCAUCCCCACUCGCCGAUCCACAGCUGAAGCUUUUCAGAUUCUGCUGUCCCAUCUCCUGGGUGAUGCUGGGAGCCCUUAUCUUAUUGGUUUGAUUAGUGAUAGAAUCCAGCGCGGUCGCCCCUCUUCACUGCUGUCACGGUUCCGAAGCCUGGAAUACGCACUUAUGAUCUGCGCCUUUGUGGGUGUUAUUGGUGGUGGUUUCUUCCUAGCUACAGCUUGUUUCAUCCAGGCAGAUCGUAAACGUACAGAGCUGUAUGCACAAGGACAGCUGCACGAAUCUUUGGAACGGGAAGAUCGCAUUGUUGUUCCUCAGCAUGGGCGAUCAACAAAAGUUCCUGUCUCCAGUGUCCUUAUCUGAAACCUCUACUUCAUCUUGCUUCAGUUUUGGAAACAUGAACAGAUUUGCACUCAGCAGUUGAGGAGAGAGAAACUCUCUAAAGGCACCAAGGCGAGAUUAUGGACAACAGGAAAUGAAAUCACAAUUUUUUGCUAUGUAUAUAGGAUUUUUUUUAUAAAUCCCAAGCACUAUCUAGAGUCGUGUGGCAUUUCUCAGAUGAAUGAGGAUGAAAUAGCGAAAACCCAUUUCCUCCCUUCUCCUUACUUGGAUUGUUUUAUUUUUAUUUCAUUUACUUUUUCUAUGUUGUGAAAUUCAAAGCAACAUGUAAGAGGUUUCCAGGCAGUCUCCCUUAUAUACAAAGAAAUGGCUGAAAAAAAAAUCAGCCUUCAAUAAUUUCAGAGCCUUGGCUUUUAAGAAAAACUGAAUCUUACAGACCACAUCUAUGCUUUCAUACAAAGGCUUUUGUUUGCAGGCACACUGCCUUCACAGAGUUCUGCAGAAUGUCUGGACGAUGUCUUCCAUUUUUAUAUUACUCCAAAAUAGUUGACCAUCUAGGAGCCCCUUGCUUUUUUUUCAGGACAAAGCCAGUAUUCAGGACAGAGUCAGUGUUAGGAAUGACACUAAAAAAAAAUCAUAUCCUAAUGUGUCAGUUAUACUUCACUUUAGGAGCUAAAAGGAUUUGCAUCUCUGUUAAGAUGUCAUUGUCGGCUUCUGAAGUAUGAAAACUUGCAUGAAAAAAUGUUGCAUGUAUGGUUGUAGCUUCAGGCUCCUAUUUAAUAUUUUUGUUCCUAACAUAUUGCUGCUAUUGAACAUUGGAAUGAUGAUGGACAAAGUUUAGAUGAAUGAUGUCUUGUUUUGUACAACCAAGUCUUUGCUUUAUGUUGUGAUCCACAGAGGAACUACCUGUGAUAAUUAGUUUCAAUGAACCUGCAGGCAUCUGGCUUCUAUCCCUGGCAUUAUCAUUUGUUUCAUUUGUCAGUUGAAUUGCCUAUAAUGUCAUUGGUAGUUGUAUUUUGCCUUUACCGUGGGGAGAAGAAGCUUAAAUUAACAGGCUUCUGCAGAGACAUCUGUGAAAGACAGCUAGUAGUUGUACCUUAACAUAAAUGGCUUGUGUUAAUUUGCAAUGUAAACAGAACUAGUUGCAGUCAAUUAUGGAUUCAUUUCAGUAUGUUUCAAUGUAAAAUCAAAUGUUCCUAAACAAGUAUAGAAGAAAAAUGAGCUGUAUUUGAAACUAGUUUCUCCUAGCCUGAUAUCCUACAAAUAUUUUGAAUUAAGCUCGACUCCCAGCCAUAAUUGGUUAUUAUGGUAGAGCAAUAAUCUUAAGACCACUAGUGUGCCAAGUCUCCUUAAGCUGAUAGGAAAUGUUGCAGUCUGCAUCUUGUGUAUUUCAGCCCACAGAUUUCAUUCCUUUUUUGUUCUCUUGCCUGUGAUAAAUGCAAAUUACUUCUUCGUUCAUCUGAAAAAGUGGGCUUUGGCUUGUGCCACAAUA